CGAGAAGCUCGAGCUCGACCUAUCUCUCUCUGUCUCUCGUCCAUCCAUCCAAACAGCGAAAAUGCAAGAGCUCUCCACCUCAACUCCAUCCGAUCUUUUCUCUCGAAAAUCCCAAAACGACUACCAUUUCUCUCUCUUCUCUACCUUUCCUUCCAUGGCCGAUUCCCGCAACAGCUUCCGGACCUGUGGAGGAGGGGAACGGAAGCCGGAGAUGCCGAACGACAGUGCCUUUGGGCAGGCCUACCAAAAAUCCACACGCUCGCCCGAUCCUCCCUCCGAAUGGUGCUCCAGCAGGCCGAGGACGAUUUACCACAUGCCUUCGACAUCCAUGUCGCCUUCAUCCUUGGCCAUCAACGAUCGUGAGCUGCAGCGGAGAAAACGAGUCGCGGGUUACAAGUCGUAUGCUCUGGGAGGGCAGGUUAAGUCCUCUUUCCGUAAGGGAUUCCGUUGGGUCAAGAACAUUUGCUCCAAUUUCGUCCGUGGCCACUGAAAUAGAGAGAAAUUGAUGGAAAUACCCCUCACUGAUUUUUAUUUUUUUUUAUUUCCUGCUGCUAAUCGCUCGUGGGAGAUCGAGGGGCAUUUCUGGGAGAGGAAGGUUGAUGAAUUUGUAUGUCUUUUUGUUUAUUUGUUUGGGUGUUUUGGGGGAAGGCUUUUUUCUUUUGG